UUUCUCCUGGUGGGUGGGUUUUUUUGAGAGGCGUUGCCGCACACCGAGUAUUCACGGAUUAUAUACCCGCCGCCGUAGACGCAUUUUCAUAGAUUGCGCAUUUCGCCGCCGCGUACUGCACAGUAACUGUAAGACUUUAAACAGUAAUCCGAGAAAGACGCAUUCAGCCAUGGCAAACUACAUUCACGUCCCCGACGAGGCUCCCGCUGUGCCCAAAAUAGAUGUGACAGUUGACGAGAGCGACUACAGGUCCGGUGCACUGAAGCUCAUCAAGGAGCUGAGACCGAGCUGGAAGCCAUCUGAGGUCAAAGUCAAGUUUUUCACAGAUGGAAUAACCAAUAAGCUGCUGGGCUGCUACGUGGGGGCAGUCAUGCAGGAUGUGGUUCUGGUUCGCAUUUAUGGCAACAAAACUGAACUGUUGGUUGACAGGGAAAACGAGGUGAAAAGUUUCAGGGUACUACAGGCUCACCGCUGUGCCCCAAGAUUAUACUGUACCUUCAACAACGGCCUGUGUUACGAGUUUCUGCAAGGGACUGCCCUGGAACCUGAGGACAUUCGCAGCCAACCUGUUUUCAGGCUCAUUGCCAGGCAGCUGGCCAAGUACCAUGCCAUCCAUGCCCACAAUGGCUGGGUGCCCCAGUCCGAUUUGUGGCUGAAGAUGGGCAAGUACUUUGCUCUUAUCCCCAAGUACUUAAAGGACCCUCAGCAGGAUGCCAGGUUGAGAAUGGAGGUGCCCAGCCCACGGUGCCUCCGAGAUGAGCUGCUGUGGCUCCAACAGAGCUUGUCAGUGCUGGGCUCCCCUGUAGUGCUGUGCCACAACGACCUGCUCUGCAAAAACAUAAUCUAUAGCCAGGAGGCAGGCAACGUAAAGUUCAUUGACUACGAGUAUGCUGGGUACAAUUACCAAGCCUACGACAUUGGGAACCAUUUCAAUGAGUUCGCUGGCCUGAACGAGGUGGAUUAUAGUCACUACCCAAAUCGGGCCUUUCAGCUGCAGUGGCUUCGCUCCUACCUGGAGGCCUACAAGGAGCACAAAGGCCAGGGCUGUGAAGUGACUGACAGAGAGGUGGAUGUUCUUUAUGUCCAAGUCAACCAGUUUGCUCUGGCGUCUCAUUUCUUCUGGGGUCUCUGGGCUCUGAUUCAGGCCAAGUUCUCCACCAUCGACUUUGACUUCUUGGGAUAUGCUGUCCUGCGCUUCAAUCAGUACUUCAAGAUGAAACCAGAGGUAGUUGCGCUGAACUUACCAGAAUAAAAGCCACCGCGCCCCCCCUCUUUCGUAUUUCUCCUGCUCUCCCUGCCUUCCAUCCUGCUCUGCGCAUUGUGACGACUGUGGAGCGCCCUCCUGGGCCAAAUGUAGGGAAGAGCCAGACUGAGUCUGUCUUGUUCAGUGGCUAUAGGGUCCCCUCUACAUAUCCUAAACUCUAUAGAUUGAACAGACCACAAAUUGUAUCCAACAUCUGCUUUCACAACUUUAAUGUGAAGCCCACAAAACUGAACUUACUGUGGUCAUUUCAGUUAUUCUAAUACCAAUUCUAACAUUACCAUGAAAUGCAGCUUUUUGUCAAAUCACUAUAAAAACAUCAUAGGUGGAAUGUCACCACCUUCACAACCAACACAUAGUAAUCACCUUCCUGACUGACAGAUAGCCCAAACACUAAUCUGAAUGCCUGGAGACACCGUCCUCAUAUGCACAUCCACUGGAGGGGAGGGAACCCUCAACCGUCAGCCCAGCUAAUGACCAAAUUUAUAACGACAUAAUGGCAAUACAAAGCCUGCUUUGUUUGCUGAGGAACCAAGAUGAAAGAAAAACAAAACAAAAAAGAAGAAAUGUCAACAUGGAAAGGCCAGUGCUGUCGCUGUGUCCCAUGUGACAUGAGCCACAACACACAAAAAAAGUUGGCUUGUGGCUUGCCUUGUGACUCUUGUUUUCACCCUUAUUUUCCUUUUUUUUUUUUUUUUUUAAGUCAUUGUCGCAGAGUAGUUUGGUGAGGCCUUAUUUGUUUUGGCUUUCUUUACUUAAAGUAGAAACAUGGAGUUGUAGGAAAGCAUCCUGUGUUUACAUACAACCUCUCCUCUUAGUUAAAUAUUUGAGGUCUUUUUGUCUCUUGGGAGAUUUUCACAGUUCUGUACAUUUUACACUUGUUUUGACACUGUUUUUGUCAUAAUCUUUAUUGGGGACAAGCUUGCAUCUCACUGUAAUUUGAGCAUUCCAUGUUCAUACUGGUUGACAGGAAAUUUGGUAAGUCAGCAGUGUCGGGGCCUUAGAUUCACGGUGACAUUGACUGCACAAAACAGACCAAACCAUUACAUUGUCUGCUCUAUGUCAGGGAAGGUUUAGGAAUCUUAUUUUAUAUUAGAAAACACUAUUGAUCAGAUCUAAUUGAAUAAGGACUGACCAUUUUUAUCACAUUUACAGACCAGUUUUCAUUUGCUUGUUGUCAUAUGGCCUUGCUUACUGUCACAUUGCUGAGCCACUGUUGGCAUUCAUCAUUCGAAGCGGCCCAGGAUGAAACAAAGAUCUGUAAUGAGGUGGAAUUUAGGCGAAAAAGAAAGUAGAGUUGAUCGUCUCAACUGCGUUAAGUUUGAGAACAUGUAAUGAAAGUCAGCUGUAAGUGGGACCCGAGGAAUUAGAGCACCAUCUUGUGGAGAAAAAGAAAACUCUGGCUGCUGUCAGUACCAGUUCUUGAUAACUCACAGUUUGACCUUCAUGUUAAAUGUUUUUAAAAUGAGCUUUAGGGGGGCCCUUUAAAAGCUUGAAUAAGUUAAUUUCCUGGUUUCUUUAAUACGCCUACACCAAAGUGCUGACGUUUGUUUUAUGCUUGUACAUAAUGCACACUGUAUGAUUUUCCAUGUAGCACAAAGAGAACUAGAAUGACAGUUAUAUAAACUUUUUUUAUACUUAUUUAAAUGGAAAUAUUAAUGCUGAGGUUCUUGUGAGCUUGUGGAUGCAGCGACAGAUGAUUCUUGGGCAAAUGUAGCAAAUAAAAAACCUUCAAGCACUUUUUUGCAUUUUGAGCAAGUUAAACAGAAAGGUCACAUGUAAAAUGUGGUGAAGCAAGUUUACUUGUUUACUCCAGAAGGGUUUGCCCAGAUGGCCUGUAGCAAGUUUGCAAAGUUCUGUAAAGAGACCGUCAUUGACAAAACUGGACUGUGCACUUGUGUUAACACUCCUUUUUCAGAAGUACCUAAGGAGUACACACGUGAAGUGUUUAUAUUCCUGUGAGCCUGUGAAAUCCUGUUUUGUUCUCACGGUUCAGAAGUUUGAAGGUUAGGCCUAGUACUUUGAUUCUGUCUCAAAUUCAGUGUUGCGUGUCUUUCAUGCAAGUGAAGUAAGAGGGACAAUUUAAGAAGUAGUUUGAGUCACACCUUGUAUCAAUCUGAAAUGUGUGUCCACUGGAUAUUUUAACAUAUGUGAAAAUCUUCCAUAAGUGUAUUUAAUGGUAAAUGGUUUGAGCUGUGUUGGAGGGAAGAUAUCGUUUCUGUGAAAGAUUGUUUUCUGUCUGUCAGGCCAAGUUUACACAUAACAUGCAUAAUUAAAUACAGCAUGUGAAACUUGACUGCCAAAUAAUCUGAAUUGUCAAAAAAAAAAAGUGUAAAAAUUGCACCACUGAAAUAUUUUCUCUUUGUUCCAUUUCCCCAUCAAUCUGUCACUGCACAUCUCACAUAGGUCAUCUUAGUACUGCUAAUAACCUCCUUUAUUUUACAAGUGUGUGUCUCAUAUUUUACAUUGUAAAAAGCCUGUCCUCAAAUCUCUCUGGCCACUUUAACAUAUGUUUAUAUGUACAGUAAACAAAUGUAAUAAUAUCUCUGCGUGUCCUCAAAUGUGAAUGAAUGUACAUAGAGGGAGUUCUUUUAUUUUUCUGUUUUCUAGAGGUUGCAUUAAAGUGAAUAGUUGCCUGGGGUAAGAGAUGACAUUUAAAAAAAAAGUUUUCUUCAAGUUUUUUUCAAUACUGUAAACAACAACAAAAUAAUAAAGUCUAUUUCCCCUUA